CCAGCGUAGAGUGCUGUUUCUGUGCCUCCGGCAGAGGAGCUGUACAGACACAAGUGCCCCAUGCCUUUGCCGCCAGGGGGAGCCCUUGAGUACCCGGUGGGAGCGUGCCACGUGGCUGGCGAAACGCUAGCGCAGGCGUCGUGGCAACACCUCUGAGGUGGGCUAGGCCUUGGGCGCUCAUGUAGUCAGGGCGGCACGCAAGCACGGCGGUGGGUAUUGCCUGGUGCUUCACCAGACGCAGGAUGUUGCCUUGGCUUGGGCCAUGGGACACAGGCCAGGAGGAGGCGACGGAGGUGCUAGACCUCUCCACGGGCAGUGACCAGGGAAAGGCCUGGAGCUCUGGAGAGGAGACUAUGGAAAAGCAACAAACGCCUGUGCAGGACAGGUGAGGGCGUGGUGGGGGCCGUUAGGAGGCGUUGUGGGCUCUUUCCGAAAAAGAAUUAUCCAGGAGGUCGGUACGGGAAAUGGGUAUAUUGCUUGUCCUGCGACUGACUCAGAUCAGCUUUAGGAAGGGAAGUGAGUUGGGAAGCCUGUCCUUCCCUUCUCACAGCUCACAGCCCCAGGCACUCAGCCCAUCGGAGACAGAAAGAAAGCAGCUGCUGCCUUUCAGGCACCUGGCUACUGAGUUGACUGCAGAAGCCCCAGUACCUCUUUCUCCCUGGGGGACCUACCAGGUCACCCCCUCAAGGAUGACUCCUCUGCCACUUUGGGAUCCCAGCCGCCAGGCUAAUACAGGAUCCCAGCUGCUGGGGGCCAGCUGUGGGUCAGGGAUAUCUUUGUCUAACAGGACCCUGUGCCAUCCUUCUUGGCCUAUGUAUGAUGACUGGGGCAGGAUGCCCACUACCUCAGGACAUCCAGAAGAGAAGCAGGUGGCAUCUAGGGACACAGGGCUCCCGGUGAGAAACUCUGAAGAAGUCUUUCUCUUGGACCCUCUGCUAGCCCCCGGGCAGCGUGUUCCCCUAUACCUGCCCAAGCCCCCUCAGCAGGUGAGAAUGAGCCCCCCCACAUUCUCUCUCCCUUUCUCCAUUCAGAGCCAGUGGGACAAACUUCCCUUCCCGUCUUCUCAGGCAAUGGGCUCGCUAAAGCUGUCGCUCCCGCCUCCUAUCAUGUCCUCCUCUGUGCAGCCCUCCUCCUCCCAAGGCUGCCCCUUCUCCUCCCAGCCCCGCCCCCCAACCUGGCUCAGCGAGGCGGAGAUGAUCGCCCUUGCUGGUCUGCUGCAGAUGAGCCAGGGAGAGCAGACCCCCGACUCCCAGGCAAGCUCCCUGUCUUCUGCCAGCUGCCCAGACCCUGCCUAUGUCUCUGAAGACCCUGGCCCCAAUGGUGGCCAGAGCUGUUCUGGAAGCACUGACCCACGACCCACACAGAACCCCGAUAACCACCGUCCAUAGUGUACCCUCCCCUCCCUCCACAGGGGCUGUCUCCUCUCCUAGGCCGUUUUGUUGACAAUAAAUCAGAGUGUGCAAACCAG